AUGUCUUCCAACAGUACUACCUCUAUUCCUCAGGAAUCUCUUCUUUUUGCUCCUAUGGUCGACGUCAGCGAUGCCGCCAUUACUCCAGCGAUGCUAGCUAAUCUGUAUUCGUCGAAGCAGCUCUGUACAGAUGCUAUAACAUUAAUCAAGAGUCGAGCCUCGUUCAACGAGGAGUCGGCAGCCCUAUUGAAGGCUCUUGGAGAGUCCAUUUCCAGUCUGCAGGCUGUCAUCGAUGAAAAGAAUAGCGACAUCGAACAGCUCAAGCUCGACGUAAAAGUUCGUGAGGCACAUAUUGAAGUGGGGAAGAAAAUUUCGGAAAUUCAUAGGAAAGCGGCGGUGGAGGGUCAGGAGAAGGCCCAGGAGGCAAACCAUGAGAUGAUGGCCUUGAAACAGGUCAUCCAGACCGUAGGACAGCAAGACAUUGUUUCGAAACAAGGAAUGGCUAGGUUGGAGAAGGAAGUGUCGGCAUUACAGUGGAAAGUUGGGGAUUUGAAAUCCCAGGCCAAACAGCAGCAGCAGUCGUACACCGGUCUCGCUCGGAGGGCUGGUUCUUUAGCUCGUGAGGCGCUGAGGGGAAGAUGGGGGAACGCAAUCCUUAUGUUUCGUGGGGUCCACCAGAGCCUCAGUAAACUUCGUGCUGAAAUCCUGUCUUCUUUUGCUCAUAAGAACAUUAUCAGCAAUCGUGCACGUGUUCCGGUAAUGCGACUUAGUUGA